CGCGCAUCUAUUUUGAGAGAAGAGAGACUAGCCUUGCCAUGGAGCAGAAUGGGCUGAGACGUCGCAAUGGCGCUGCCGAGGAGGCGGCGCAGACGACAGACGAGCCAACCAAGGCAGCGCCGGGCUUGCAUACGGUGCUGCAGCAAAGGCUGCGCAGCGUGUCCCAGGAGUCCGAGGAGCUCUUGAUGUAUGCGGCUGAACCGCUGUCGCCCACCGAAAAGGCGCAGGCGGAGCGCGAGAAGUCGCAGAUCCCGGAGGGCUUUGCGGAGAGCCAGACGAUUGGGGCGAAGGUCAAGGGCCUCCACGACGACUUGGAGUUCUGGGGCUACCAGAACUUCCCGGUCAUCACGGACCACUUCAACUUUUUGGUCUACGCGGUGGACCUGGCGGUGCGAAGCGUCAGGUGGUUCCAGUUCGGCUUCGCCGCGUGCUGGCUGGGCUUUCGGCUCUGCCUCUACGCCGUGAUGUUGCUGCCGGCCUUCGUUCGCAUCAUGCUGACCUACUACCACGAUCCUCGCAUCCACCGGCGCAUCCGCUACGGGCCUGCGGAGAGGGAAUACCUGGACAUCUACGUGCCCGAGGAAGCGCUGAAUGGUGGGAAGGUGCCAGUGGUGGUGGCCGUCAUGGGGGGCGCCUUCAUGAUUGGCCACCGGGGUUACAACGCCCAGCUGGGUCUACGGCUCAUGGACUUUGGCGUAAUGACCGUCGGCGUGGACUACCGUAAUUUUCCAAGGGGCUGCAUCCCCGACAUGGUAGAAGACGUCGGCCGCGGAGUGCGCUGGGUUUUCCAAAACAUCGAGCGCUACGGCGGGGACACUUCCAAGAUGAUGCUCAUGGGCCAAAGCGCCGGAGCGCACCUGGCGGCGAUGCUGCUGCUGGAGCACGCCCUUCUGGAGGCCAAGCAGGGAGAGCCUGCAGACAACUGGUCUGUCAAGGACCUGCGCGGCUUCCUGGGCAUCUCUGGCCCGUACCACCUGGAGAAGCUUGGACCUCACCUAGCCUCGCGAGGCCUCUACCCAGGCAUUAUGACGCACAUGACCGGGGGCGACCUCGAGGGCUGCUCUCCAGAAGCCCUGCUUCACAACAAGGACUGGCAGGCGGUGGGCAAAAAAGCCGUGGCCAGCCUGCCGCUGGUGCACUUGUUCCACGGGGAUCAAGACAAGGCGGUGCCGGUGUGGUCCUCGGAGCAGUUCGCCGGGCGCCUGAAGGACGCGGGCGCCCAGGUGGUGCUGGACGUGCGGAAGGGCAUGACGCACACAUAUCCUGUGGUCGAGGGCCCAAUGAGGCGGCACGACCCGCAGGUGGAGCUGGUGCUGCCGAUUCUACUGGGCCCAGGGGCCGAGAAGCGAAUCCAGGACUCGCCCGAGCUGCCACCCAUGGCGCCUCUGCGGAUCCUGGACGUCGCAGGUGUCGUGUCGCCCUUCUGAGGUGUUCGCCGGUUUUCGCCGUGGCAUGGGCCUGGCUCCCCGUGAGUGCUGUGAUCUUCCGCGCGACUCGACUCGGCGCCAGAGCGCAUCGUUUGGUCGCUCCUAUUGCCGUGCCAUGAGCCAUGAGCCUUUUUGGGAGAGCACGGAAAGGACCGGCUGCCAUGAUCCUGAAGUGUGGGUUGUCUAUGACCGAACGGCGCAGCGGUCGGGAGUUACGAGUCAGGGAUUUGUUCCAAGCACAGCUUCAAUACCACAAGUCCCAAGUAGAUGGUGGCCUGCAUGCUCCUACGUCGGGGCCCAGGUUUGCCAUCCACUUUGGGAGGAAAUUCAUCCGCAGCAAAGGACUGCAAUUGUCCACUGCCAAGCAGUGGGAAGGAUCCAUCAAAUUUCCCGUGGCCUCUGGGCUGCGUGGGCAGCUAGCUGAUGGCCAGUGCAGAUCCCCAAAGGUUUUCGCACAGUGCGAUUUUCCGGCGAUGCUUGGCCCGCGAUGCUUGGCCCAAGGCUUCCUUGAGGCCCAAGACCCGACAUGCCC